CUCAGAGCAACAAAGGUUCAAACCCUGGAGUUCGCUGUCGGAGUCGCGGGUGGGAAAUGAGAAGAGGAUAAGGAACUUGGGCGGAAUUUAAAAGUUUGAAUCGCUCCAUGUGACAGCUAGCAGGACGGACUCUAAGCUGCUCAAACAUGAAGAGGAUCAAGCAGAUUGACAUAAAGCGAGCCCUCGCUAUGGCUGGCACCUUUAACUUCCUGUGCUCCUGCGCUAGAGCAUGCUUGCUGCCCUUCCUCACCCUGUACUUCAGACAGCUUGGCCUGACUCCUGCCAUGACGGGCAUCGUCAUGGGUACCAAGCACUUUAUUACGCUGGUGUGGAGCCCCGCGGCGAGCCUGCUCUCCAAACACUACAACAAGAGACGAGCAGUGAUCUGCGGCUCUGUCGUGUUUUCGGCAGCAGCCGCUCUGCUCCUCCUGCUCAUCCCGCACACGGAUAUGCACGCAUGGACUUGUAACGCCUCGGAUCCGCACGACGGCCCGCCCCAAAAUCCAUCUGAUGUACUGUCAGUGAACAUCACUGGACCUGUAACAUCCCAUCCAAAACCUCAUGUUUCCCAGUCGCUUGUCACUCCUCUUCCUGAUGCUGAUAGGAAAGCUCCUGUUAUUACAAAUGAAACUUCACCUCAUCAUCAUCACAAUCACAGUCAUACCACUGAAUCUCCUCUUCUUUAUGCGCCACAAAAGAAUGAAUCAAAGGUGCCUGAAAGUUCCAGCAGCUCUUUGGCAACUCCGGUCAGAAACAAGAGGUCUGAGCUGAAAUCAGAGCAGCAAACAGGGGAGAUAAAGGAUGAGAGUUCUUUGGGCUUCCUGGGCAGCCUAAACGUGAUGGACACUCAGCAUCAGCUCUUCUUCUUGAUACUCAUCAUCAUGUGUGUGUGGGAGGCGGCAUCCGCACCCCUGGAGUGGAAUGUAGACGACGGCCUCUACGAAUAUUUAGAUUUCGCGGAUGCCUCGGACCGCUACAGCAACACCAGGGUGUGGGGUGUACUCGGAGCAGCAUGCGGGGUUGGGGUAACCGGCCUGCUGGUGAGCCGACUGACAUGCCUCAUAGCUGCUCAGACCUCAAGGAGUGUGGUGCAUUUCUACUGCUAUGCCGGCCUGGCAUUUCUGGUCCUGCCCCUGGCCAUGUCCCUCCCUCUCUACCUGAACAAGAAGCGAAACAGGACCAGCGGGCUCCUGAAAGCCCUGCAACUGGUGCGCGGCUCCCCACAGGCUGUGCUCUGCGUCUUCACCACCCUGCUGGUCGGGGUGGCGAACUCGGCCAUCGACAACUUCCUCCUGUGGCAGAUGCAGGAUCGCGGAAGCAGUGAGCUGCACAUGGGACUAUCUCUUGCCCUCGCUCUGCUCUCGCAGGCCGCCUUCCCUCUGAUGGCUGGUCGAGUCUCCAGGCUGCUCGGCCCUAGGAGGAUGCUCGCAGUUGGAGCCGUGAGUCUCGGCCUGCAGUGCUUCUACUACUCCUUCCUCUGGGGAGCGUGGGCUGCACUGCCUGCUCAGGUGCUGAGUUGUUUCAGCAGCGGAGCUCUCUGGUGGGCCGUGAAGCUCCAGUGUGAGGACAUCGCCACACCAGGGGCUGAGAGGAGCGUCAGGAGGGUCUACAAGUCCCUCUCUAUUCAUCUGGGUAGUGCACUGGGGAGUUUGGCCGGAGGGUUUGUGGCUCAAAGCAUCGGGCUCACGUGGAUGUUCAGAGGACUGGCGAUGGUUUUGAUGGUGUGGUGUGUGUGCCUGCCCCUGCUCCAGUGGAAAGCCCCCCACCACCGCAGGAUUAACUAUUCCCGCCUGCUGGCAGCGGACGCAAGCGAGGCCAGUGACUCCGAGUCAGAACAGGAGAGAGACUGGCUUGAUAAAGCAAUGGAAAAUGACAAAAGCAACAACAACAGUGCAAGGAGGGUAAACCACUAAAACCUCCAGACGGUGAAAAUACUAAAAGGAGCAAUUCUGUGAAUAAGAAGAAUAAAUUCACUGUCACCUAAUAAAUGAAUCAGAUUUUGCUAUUAAUAUGGAAAUGGGAGUCAUCGUUCCCUUCGAGCUCCGCAGCCUCGCUUAAAGAUACGUCACUCUUCAUCACCAAGUUGCACAGUCCAGAUGGGGAUGAUUAAUUUCCCACCCUGACAGGAUUCAUUACAAUCAAAAGUGUUGACUUUUCCUUCUCAUUACUUUUCCAUCAGAAUUAAAUGUUACGUCAUCCAGUCUGUCCCUCCAUUUUUUCUUUUCUUUUCUUUUAUCAGUCUGCGAGUGUCAGCUGUACGGAUGGAUUUUGGGAUUCAUCUCUGGGCCUCCUGAGCUUUUACUAAUGUACAUUUGCAUAAGCGGUUAUUGUUUUCUAAAGCAAACAAGGCAGCAGGAUUACAGGCGAGCAAAUCAAUUACUCAGUGCCACCGGGCAGCUUAAACAGCCUGAGGUAUUGUGUUAAUGGAAGCAUGGAAGCUUCUCUCAAGCAUAAACACAAGACGUGUGCAAAAGGUGAGGCCAAACUGUUGCACCACCACACCCGAACCUGCUGUUAAUCAGCUGGAGGAGUCGCCGCUGACUGCUCUCACUUAUCAGCUUUGUGUCUCCCUCUGGACUCUGAACUCUGACCUGAGGAUAUAGAUUAAGCGAGAUGAAAAUCUUUGUUUAUGUGUAUUGAACUGGGGUAACUUGAGCACAUUCAGAAUGUCUUGUGCAAAAAUGACUUGAGUUGUACAGCCCUGAGCUGUGACGACAGUCAGAAGACACCUGUUUAAAAUUUUAUUUGUCUAAUUUAUAUUUCUGCUCAUGUCAGAUGUUCUCUCUCUAUAAAAGAUGGAUUUAGCCUGUGAAAUCAUAAAUCUGCAUUUCUUGCACUGACCAGCAGGGGGCAAAUGCUACGUUUGGAAAAAGGACUCCAAUUAUAUAGAAGUCAAUUUAUCAUAAAUGCUUUUCCAAUGAG